CCCGGAUCCUUCGUAAGCAGUGGAGUGAUCAAAUAAGAAAGAUAAAAAAGUAUUUAUUUACCGGUAAGAGAUUGUUGGUAUUUGAAACUUGAUUAUGUCUCGAAAAUAUAUCCUGAUAACACUUGCUUAGUCAUGUAUCCACUCUGUUUUUGUCGUGCCAAUGUUUUACAACAAACGUUAGGCUUUGGAAGCCAGAAUGCUAGCUACUAAUAGCAUCAGGCUUGUUGUGACAAUAUUGGGCGGGUUCGUUUUGCAUGGCCCGAUGCCCCGGGUGUGCAGGUUGGCACAUUUUAGACCAUUCCAUUGGUUAUUAAGUGAAACUUCCACCCACCCGGGGCACCGGGCCAUGUGAAACGAACUGGGCCAUUUGCCGUUUACUCACAAUCCACACAACCAUUCCUUCUUAUUUUAGUGCUAGUUAGUUACCUAGACUCACCUACAUAUGUCUAACAUUAUUUAUAAAUAUUGAUGCCGCUUGUCCUAGAUAAUAUACUUUACUGGAUUCUGAGAGUAGCCUGAACUGUUUUGGACUGUUUGGCCAAUCAGAUGAACUAACAAUCAAACAUGUUCACAGCCUUCAGUGGAUAAACGGCUAGUAAAUUACCUCAACCAGCAAAAAUCAAUCAAUAAAUUGUAAUCUGGAUUUGUUGGAUUAUUCUAUUUUGCAGACCUGGGCUUUGUAGAUCUUUUUAAGCAAGCACAUUUUUUUUGGUUGACUUGUGAUUAAACCCACUGACUGUAAUGAUUGAAUUUAGCUAUGGGUCAUUCUAGCUAUUAGCAUGUUUACAAUUGGGCACAGUACAUUAUGCUUUUUCUGGGAAUCAGGAUUUGGUGGUGGCUAAGGAAAAACGGUUUUACCUAACAGUUACUUACCUCACACAUUGGUUAUCACAUUUUUUAUUGACUACUCUGUUCUUUUAUCCUUUGGUAAACAAGAGAAAACAAGUCAGUCUUUGAGAAGAGUCUAGUAGACUAGUCUAUCAGUGUAUUGAUUGCAACACUCAAACCCAGAAAGUUGUUAAAGAGGAAGUGUCUCUUUUGCUUUCUUUGCAGAGUGUCUGUAUAUAUUUGCACCAGUUGGUCUGGGGGCUUUAUCCUAUCCUUUUGUCCUAUCCUCAAGAACUCAAGUGAAACGACCUCCUUGUUGACAGCCUAAUAGCUACUGUCUCAUUUCAGACCUAGGGCUUCCCGGGACAGUUUUUGAGGAGCUUGUCAUCUUGGCUCUACAAUUAUUUUUAAUGGAUCUUUAACAGUAUUCUUACUGGAGUCAAGCAAAGACGGCUGAAAUGGGACUGUGUUUCCUCCAGCAGGUGAUGUGCCUGAGCAUCCAUGAACACGCGUCGUCGCCACGGUCCUAGGAGCAGCCAGGAAGGCGUGUACCUAGGGCCUGCCCAGACCCAGUCACCGCUGAUCCAGCUGCAGGACCCACAACUCACAGGCCCCAGUCCACCAACACAUGCCCCACUGGUGGACAUAAGCAACAUGUCGGGCAGGGACCGCACCAAUGAGUUCCAGUCAGUCUGCAGGUCACUACAGGGGAGACAGGUGAGUCAGAGACAAAUGAGCAACAUGGAGAGACCAUAUGUCUUUUAAUAAUAUGUAUGUAUUUCUGAAUUAGUAUCAACUAGCUUCACCAAAAUAGAUGUGACAGAUUAGCACCAUGGAGAGAUGAUUUUUAGCACCAUUCUGAUUUAUUAUUAUUAUUAUUAUUAUGUAUGUUCUGAACUAGCAUCAACUGUCGAAUCAUAACAUUCUCUAUCUUCACCAAAAUAGUUGUGCUUGUCAGUUGCACACUGAUCAAUGUUGAUUGAUGUUCCUUGUUCUUUUUGUUUUCUGCAGAAUGGGGUCCAGUCCAGCAAGCCAGCCCUCAGUGCAAUCAGACAGCACAGUGACUUUACCCUCAUGGCAAAGUUAGUAGCAUUACACUGUGUUAUUGACAUGUUAUUGAAUGAGAAUAAUAGAUGAUUAUGAGAACAGAUACAUUUUAUGUAUAGCCCUGUAUUGGUAUCCAUAUACUGAACUGUUUGUUAUGUUUCUUUCUAUUUAACAGGAGGAUUGGGAAGGACUUGAGUAACACUUUCGCUAAACUGGAAAAACUCACAAUACGUAAGGAAGCAACUUUUUAAAGUUUAAUUUUUUAUGUGUCCACAAUGUGUUGGUGGAUAUGGAACUCACUGACUAUUAUCUUGUCUAGUUGCCAGAAGGAAAUCCCUCUUUGAUGACAAAGCUGUGGAGAUUGAGGAGUUAACCUACAUCGUUAAACAGGUGAGGAGAGACAUAUAGUAGAUUCAGCCAUUAUACUAUGUUGUUACUCUACAGCGUUUAAAUGUACAGAAUGCUAUUCAGGCACACUUUAUUAGAUGCCUGUUGGGAUGUGAAAGUAAAAGCAAACUGUCUGUUUUUCUUUUCUUUGUCCAGGACAUUAACAGUCUGAAUAAACAGAUAGCACAGCUGCAGGGGUUUGUGCGCUCCAGACAGAGUCAGAAUGGCAAACAUCUACAGACACAUUCCAACACCAUCGUUGUUUCCCUCCAGGUAACUUCCAUUGUUCUGACAUUCUGAUAUGUCUACUGGUUUUAUCCAAUGUAGAAUAGUACAUGUAACUUUUCCAUGUAGCAUUCAUUUUAUAAUUGCCCUUUUUCUCUUCUAGUCAAAACUGGCAUCAAUGUCAAACGACUUCAAGUCAGUGCUGGAGGUCAGGACAGAGGUAAGGCAGACAGACACACAUCUUUUCACAGUAAAUAUUUUGACCAGACUAGUUCUGAUUUGAUGUUCCAUGUAUAUUUGUUGAACCUCUGCAGAACCUCAAAGAGCAGAAGAGUAGAAGAGAUCAAUUUUCUCAAGCCCCAGCAUCCUCCUCCCAUCUACAUGCCAGCAACUUCGGUGAGACAAACUCUUAUCAGCUCCACAGUACAAAACAAACACUAAAUAGUACAACCUGACCUCUCUUGAUCUCUCUCUCUCUCACUCUCUCUCUCUCGCCCCCCCCCCCCCCCCCCCCCCCCCCUACUCUCUCUUGUAGGUAACUCAUUGUUAAUGCAGGACGACUCAAAAAGGACAGCUGAUGUCUCAAUAGACAUGGACAUCCGUGCCAGCCAACAGCUGCAGCUUGUCAAUGAACAGGUAUUACCUCCAAUCCUCUUGAUGAUGAGAAUCAUUAUAAUGAUGGUGACAAAGCCCAUGACAUUUAAAGCACACUUGACUGACUGUCCUCUUUCAAUACAAAUAAUUUUUAUUGACUGAGACUUGUUUCUUGAUUCAUGAGAAAAUCAGUAAUACUGUUUGUUGCUUAAUAAUUGGCAUUCAUGUAUAAAUCAAUAAUACUGUUUGUUGCUUAAUAAUUGGCAUUAAUGUGUAAAUCAAUAAUACUGUUUGUUGCUUAAUAAUUGUCAUUCAUGCUAAGUGGUGUCACUCUUAUGGUGUGUUUGUAUAGGACUCGUACAUCCAGAGCCGUUCAGACACCAUGCAGAACAUAGAGACCACCAUCGUAGAGCUGGGCUCCAUCUUCCAGCAGCUGGCCCACAUGGUGAAAGAGCAGGAGGAGACAGUGCAGAGGUGAGGUAGACAGAGAUUAUCAAGCCACUGGUUAAGAUGCUUUGUCCCUGAUAUAACAUGGUUGUUUUGUUGGGAUCACAUAUCCAGCUGUGAUCAGACAGGGCGUGCAGUGGUAAGCAGGCUAAUGAAACCUCUGACACUCAUUGACCUUCCAUUUCCCAUCCUCUUUCAUGUAGAAUUGAUGGCAACGUGGAGGACACCCAGCUCAACGUGGACAUGGCACACUCAGAGAUCCUCAAGUACUUUCAGUCUGUCUCAUCCAACCGCUGGCUCAUGGUCAAAAUCUUCCUUGUCCUCAUAGUCUUCUUCAUCGUCUUUGUGGUCUUCUUUGCCUGAGGAGCAGGGGGGCACUUGGCUAAGGAUGAGAGAGGGAGGAAUUGUGCUGGAGGAGAGUAGUGGGGAGGAAAGAGGUGAAAUAGAGGGGAUGUGUAGGGAAUAGAGGAGUAGCUGGAAGGGGAGGUGUGUACCCUCUUUGUUUCUCCUCCUUUAUUUUUCCUUUCUCUCCUUGUGGUUUAAAGAAAAUACCACUACUAACACACAAUUCUACAUGUGUUAAGAUGUGGUUAUGCUGAUAAUGAAUAGCUGUAUGGUAGAAAGAAGAUGAAAAAUAUGAUUCUUGUUAUUAUUACCCUCCAUUAAAUGGAGUAAAUAGAUGAUGAUGAAAUCUAUGAUGGCAGGAUAGAAGACUAUUGCAGUUGGAUUGAAACUCUCCUGUUGUCUUUAUGCAUUAUUUCUGUAAUUUGUAGAAAACAUUCCUACUUCUUGAAGGACAGGGUCAAUCCAAAGAGAGAAAUUGAGUCGGAAUAGGAAACUGGUAGAUUCAUUUGGCCUUAAUAGACCUGUAUGCUGAAUCUCUGAGGGACAUUACUCCCCACAAUGCACCUCACUGCCAGCAGUAAUACCUCCUCUAGGAGGUUAGGGAUGAUUGACAAGUCCAUGUGAAUGCCCUCUGACUUUCAAUCUCUUCUUUGAUGGUUAGAAAAGCUGAUAGGAAAUGUUUUGGCAACUCUUAACUUAAAACUGUACAUGCAUUGUGUUGCACAAUGCUAUCAUGCACAUGAAAGGACAUACAUCAUGACAGUCAACUUGACGUGGUUGACCUGAGAUAAAUGAAUGUACUGUGUAAGUGAAGCAUUGCCAGUACUUCUGAUUGUUUUUGUUUUUCUCUAGUCAGAUACUGAACUGUAUGUGCAGAACUGCUUAUAAAACAUAUUUGAAUUAAGAUACAUUAUUUUCCAUAAACUAGUUAUUUAAAUUAUGUUCAGUCAUGGUCUGCACAUAACACCUGAUGAGUGGUGUUUUACAGACAGAUGUUCUCCAUUUUCCACCCCCUGCCUCCUCCCUAAUACCCACCCACAUACACACACACACACACUUCAUAAAUGUUCAGAGCUCACCAUUUUUUUGAGGACUAAAUCUCAGUUUUAUCUAUGUCUCUGAGGUAUCUGUAAAAUGAAAUUAAUUGAAAUUCUGAUUUGUUAUGUCUCUCCCUUUUUGUUCAAGAGAAUGAC